CGCCUCCACCCCGCCCGCAGCCAGCGGGACUUCCGGCGGGGCGGGCCUGGGCCUGGGGGGAGGGCAGGUGAGAUGGAGACGGAGUCGGCGCUGAGGGGAGUCCGAUGUUCUUUGUCCUUAGUGUCUUGGAACCCUGAAACAUGCCAUUAAGUGAAGACCUAUAUGGUUGUGAAGACCCCACCCACUGGAGGACAGUGUUUGAUGUCUACUGGGAUGUACUCAAAGCCAAAGGAGGCAGGCAGAAAAAACUUGCUGAGCUGGAUAAAUGGUAUCAAGAGGAGCUGCCAGUUGCUAUUGCAGGAAGGAGAGAAAAAUAUCUGACACAGGCUGAAGUGGUGAAACUGAUGGAAUGGAAACUUGCUCGGGGAAAGUUUCGUCCUCGUCUGCAGCAGCUGGUGGCCACUAACUCCAGUGAAACUGUGGAGAGCUGUACAAGGAAAGCUUUCCAGCUCCUUCCAGACGUGGCAGCUGCCAUUACUGAGCUGAGCCAGCUAAAGGCUGUGGGACCAGCCACAGCUUCAGCAAUUCUAGCUGCAGGAGCCCCAGACGCUGCGGCAUUUAUGGCAGAUGAAGCAAUGGAGUCCAUCCCCGGCCUCACCCCAAUUCAGUAUACCCUCAAGCAUUACAUCCUCUACCUGGACAAGAUCCAGCUCUGUGUCAAGAAACUAAACAAAGUGGAUACAGAGAAGGCAUGGACUCCUCAUCGUGUGGAGAUGUGUCUCUGGGCCUGGGUUGUAGCACAGAAAUUGUGUCCUUCGCUGUUGCAGACUCUCAGCUCAGGGGGAGAGAAGGCAGAUGAUGAGGCGGAUGAGGAUGUUAGACCCACAAAGAAAUGUAAAGCCAGGUGAAAACAUUAUUGGCCAGGAACCUAACAAGCGUCACUCAGUGUUUGCCUCCUGUUAUCCAAUGCACAGUUUGACUAAAUGGCAAAGCUGGACUCCUUGGGGAAAUCUAAAUAUUACCCUUUUUGGGAGUCAUUCAGGGAAUGGGUCAAAUUGAUCAGAUGUGGGAAGAAAUAAAGGGGAGCUCUUCUGUUUGAAUCACUCCCCAUUUGGAACCAAAGCUGAUCUUUCAAAUGAAGCCCUCUGCUUGGUGUGUGCAGUGAUUUUUACAAUAAUUCCUUAAUAAACUUUUGAUGGUUUUCGUAGUA